AUGCAACGAACAACAGUUAUCCAACCAACUACAACAGUUGAAGAACUUGUUCAACAAGAAGAGAAAGCUAAUGACAAAGCAAUAUGGGUUGUUUUUCGUAAAAUGCUGGUUUUUACUGUUAUGUUAACAGUUGCACCACUUUCAUCAUUUUUCCUGUCAAAAUAUUACAUAUUUGAAGGAAUGUUUGAUAUGACAAAUAGCAAUAGUCAUAUGUAUGCCGCAUUUGUUGCAGUUGGUAUUGUUCAUGUUAUAUUAGCUGCAUUUCUUUUCGUUGCAUUUCGCGAUGAUACACCUGCCAAAAAGUCAAAGCUCGAACUUUUAAAAGAAGCAGCCGGAAAAAAAGACUAA